CGCCCUCGCGCGCCCCAGGCUAGCCGCCCAGCAAGUUGCGUGUUAGCGGAGUCGGGGCUCCGAGCUGACUUUGCAGACGCUGCAGCCUUUGUGACGGGAACGAACCUUCUAGGUGCUCAUUGCAGGACCUGCAAGUGUGUGAAGACCAUUCUCUUGCUCCCUUUGAGUAACUGUGCCAACUGACCAUCCCUGGUUACACCAGCCUUGCUCAUCUUGAAACCCAAGAUGGAGUAAGAGGGAGAAGAUUUGCUCUCCUUCCCAAACAAGAGCAGCAACAACAAAACAGACAAAAUACAUGAAACAGUGGUUUCCAAGACCCUGGAUAUUAGGCAACAAAGGACAGUGAUUCCUGAGAGGUGGGAAACCAGUGAGAAUGUCUUUCAGGGAGAAAGGAAACCAAAUGGAAGUCUGGAUCUACACAAAGGAAUGAGCAGUACUGGCAAUGGUAACUACAUAGCUUCACCUUCUCAAGACUCUUGUUACUCAAGAAAAUAUCAUCAAGAACCAGGAGGGCAUGGAAGCUGAGUCGCUAACUGCCCAGUCCCGGACACUGGUGACCUUCAAGGACGUCCUUGUCGACUUCACCAGGGAAGAGUGGCAGCUGCUGGACACUUCUCAGCAGGUCAUGUACAAAGAUGUGAUGUUGGAGAACUACAAGAACCUGGUUUCUUUGGGACAUCAGCUUUGUAAGCCAGACGUGAUCCUCUGGUUGGAGAAAGGGGAAGUGCCCUGGCUACUGGAGAGAGAGAGUCACCGAGAGACGCAUCCAGAUUCAGAGACUGCAGUUGACAUUAAAUCAUCAGUUUCCAGUAAGAGCUUUUCUAAAGAUAAACAGACCUGUGACAUUAAAAUGGAAGGAAUAGCAAGGAAUGAUCUCUGGUAUUUGUCAUUAGAAGAGGUUUGGAAAUGCGAAGACCAGUUGGACAAAUAUCAGAAAAACCGGGAGAGACAUUUGAGGCAAGUGGCAUUCACCCAAAAGAAAGUACUUACUCAGGAGACAGUCUGUGAAAGUGGUAAAUUUGCAGGGGACUGUCUUCUUCCUGCUCAGCUAGUACUGAAAGAGUAUUUCCAUAAACGUGACUCACAUACUAAAAGUUUAAAACAUGAUUUAGUUUUUAGUGGUCAUCAGAAAAGUUGUACAAGUAACAGUAAUGAAUGUGGUCAAACCUUCUGCCAAAACAUUCACCUUAUUCAAUUUGCAAGAACUCACAUAGGAGAUAAAUCCUACAAAUGUCCUAAUAAUGACAACUCUCUUACUCAUGAUACAUCCCUUGGCAUAUCAAAGGGCACACAUAGAGAGAAACCCUAUGAAUGUAAGGAAUGUGGAAAAUUCUUCAGCUGGCGGUCUAAUCUUACUAGACACCAGCUUAUUCAUACUGGAGAGAAACCCUAUGAAUGUAAAGAAUGUGGGAAAUCUUUCAGCCGUAGUUCUCACCUCAUUGGACAUCAAAAGACUCAUACUGGUGAGGAACCCUAUGAAUGUAAAGAAUGUGGAAAAUCCUUUAGCUGGUUCUCACACCUUGUUACCCAUCAGAGAACUCAUACAGGAGACAAACUGUACACAUGUAAUCAGUGUGGGAAAUCUUUUGUUCAUCGCUCCAGGCUUAUUAGGCACCAGAGGACUCAUACUGGAGAGAAACCCUAUGAAUGUCCUGAAUGUGGGAAAUCUUUCAGACAGAGCACACAUCUCAUUCUGCAUCAGAGAACUCAUGUUAGAGUGAGGCCCUAUGAAUGUAAUGAAUGUGGGAAGUCUUACAGCCAGAGAUCCCACCUUGUUGUGCAUCAUAGAAUUCACACUGGACUGAAACCUUUUGAGUGUAAAGAUUGUGGAAAAUGCUUUAGUCGGAGUUCUCAUCUUUUCUCACAUCAGAGAACCCACACUGGAGAGAAACCAUAUGAAUGUCUUGAUUGUGGGAAGUCCUUCAGCCAGAGUUCUGCCCUCAUUGUACAUCAGAGAAUUCAUACUGGAGAGAAACCAUAUGAAUGUUGUCAGUGUGCGAAAGCCUUCAUCCGGAAGAAUGACCUCAUUAAACAUCAGAGAAUUCAUAUUGGAGAAGAGACCUAUAAAUGUAAUCAGUGUGGCAUUAUCUUCAGCCAGAACUCUCCAUUUAUAGUACAUCAGAUAGCACAAACUGGAGAGCAGUUCUUAACAUGUAAUCAGUGUGGGACGGCACUUGUUCAUAUCCCUAACCUGAUUAGAUAUCAGACCAAUCAUAUUAGAGAAAAUACUUACUAAUAUAAUGAAUAUGGAAGAUUCUUCACAAAGAGCAAUAACUAUAUUGCAUUGGAGAACAUCUUCUGGAGAGAAACUGUACAAGUGGAAUCUAUGUGGAAAUGCUUUCAAUCUUGUUAUUGCCCUAUUGCACACUAGAGAAUUUGGUCUUGGAGGGGGAAAACCCCACAGAUUUCAUUUCAGUACACAAAUACAUCAGAUUUUCUUCUUUCCACAAAUUCUUACAAAAGUAAUUGGCUUGGGAGCAUUCUUGACCAAGCCUUAAUAGCUAGAAUCUGAGAAGAACCCAUUCAGUAGGUGUGUUGUUGAGAGGUAACCCAGCUUUAUUACCUUCUGCAAAAAGUUAAACAAAUGAGUAUGCUACUGUAGGGAGAGGUGUUGCUGAGAAUAAAGACUGAUAUAGUUAUUGCAACAAAAGCUAGAAAAUAAUAUUUUAGUGAAGCAGUAUACCAUUGUUGAGUCUGCCUCUCUUCUGGGACACUUAGUAGUGUUUAGCAUGUUUCAUGUGUCUAGUAUUAACCAUGUUUUGGUUAGCAGCAAAGAAAAUGCUUAUAAUGUAAAGCAGUUAAAAACAGCACAUUUACACUACUAGUAAUACCAGUUUUUAAAUAUAUUUGUGGGCAAGAAAGUAUCUAUAGGUAAAUGAACAGAUUUGAUUUGUUAGA